CCGCUAUUUCUAAAACCCGGUCCAGUUUUCUAAAUGCAAGUACCCUGAGACUGAGUCAACCCGUCGCGUUUAAAAAGGUUCAAUUUCCUCCCCCGCGAAAAAGAAAAAUCCGUAACUGUGAAUUUGUUGUGGUGAAGUGUUCGACCAAAUGUCUGAGUGAGAUUAGGGCUGCAGCGGGAGCGGAGCCUCGUUUUUUUGCCUAAAUUAGGCUGAGCGGAAUCCAUGGACGCCGGCAAAGAGGAGGCGCAGCAACAUGUCUUUCUCAAUCGCGCCAGUCGAGCCAGCAGGGGCAAACGGAUGACAAAGUUGCUUGAUGAUGAAGCUGAGGAAGAUGAGCUCUUCUGGAAUCAAGAUGCUCUCAAAGAGGAAGAGGUUGAUGAAGAGUACGAGGAAGAAGGAGAAGUUGCUGAUGUUUUUGACAGCGACUUUGACGAAGAUGAGCCUGAGGCAGAUGUUGAAGGGGAGAAUGAACCUGAUGAGAGGACAAGGACAAAAAAGAAACUAACAUACCCUGGAAAUCCAUCCACAAAGAAGAAAAAGAAGAAAGACAACACACCUUCUAAGGUAGAAAGUGCACCUAAAGAUGAGAAAAAUCUAGAGGAAUCGACUCCUUCAGAACAUCAUGAUGCCCCUGAUGAUGCUGAGGUCGAAAAAUCAGUCAGAAAAUCAACUAGAACUUCUGUGAUCAUCAGGCAAGCCGAAAGGGAUGCAAUUCGUGCAGCUUUGCAAGCUACAAUGAAGCCUAUAAAAAGAAAAAGUGUUGGGGAAGAGAAAAAAAUUACACAAGAAGAGAUGCUUCUGGAAGCAGCUCAAACAGAGAUUAUGAACUUGAGAAACCUGGAAAAGGUGUUAGCAAGAGAAGAAGAAGUUAAAAAAAGAGCUAUUGUGCAUAAAGCAGUUUACAGUGGUCCACAGAUACGAUAUCUUUCUAAAAAUGGCAUUUCAUAUCUAACUUUCAUGAAUGGAUCAUCAUUUGAUGCACAGAUCUCAACCAAAUCCCCUCCAUAUCCAGAGAAGGCAGUUUGUGCUGUAACUGGGGUUCCGGCAAUUUAUCGUGAUCCAAAGACUGGUUCACCUUAUGCAACAAAAGAAGCAUUCAAGAUCAUUCAUGAACGGUUCGCUGAAGAGACCGGCCGCAAGAAGAAGGAAAGCACUCCGGGGCUCUUGUCCGAUGCAACUUACGAGCCUGGGUUCUCUCAAAAGAGAAAGAGAUCGGUUAUUCCGCACGACAGUGAAACAUCCUACUUUCGGCAGUUUGCUCGUUUCCGCAGGAUUCCUGCGGUGGAAAUUGAAGAUUCAGACUAGGAGGAGCCUUACACCUUCCAUACAGCUCUUGACUAGAUACAUGACAAGGGAUAUCACAUACAGGCAUCUUGAAUGUAAAAUUGGAUUGGAGUGUCUACGUAAAUGGAUAGAUUGCGAGAAAUGGUAGCAUUGUUUUUAUUACA